AUGGCCAAGACACCUGCCCAUAUCCUCAUGAAGAACAAUUAUAAUGAGACCAUGGAGGGAAUUGCUUACAAUGAUGGACUAAGACCAACGCUGGAUGAAAAACCAAAAUUCAAGAUAGUAAACUCCUUCCAGAAAUCCACUCAAAAAUAUUUGCAAUACAAGUUCACUCUUGGAAAUAGUGAUUUGAAAAGGCUAAAGAGAGUUUCAGCAAGAUCAACAAUAUUGUUCAUCGACCUAAAAGUGGUGUACAGAGUCAGUGGACAAACACUUGCUUUACAUCCUUACAAGGGACUACAGUUUGAAAUGCAGAGGGAUCAAGCCAUGCAAAGUAAUACAGUGGAAAUUCCUGAGGCCGAAGAACAAAAUCAAAAUGGUAGGAAACCUCAAGAAUGUGAAGUAUACAACAAAGUAUUCCCUUAUUCCAGUCAGCUUAAAAAACAGAAAAGAAUUCCCAUUGGAAAGAAACCAUAUCAACGUAAGCAAUGUAGUAAAACGUUCAGUCAACCCGGUGAUCUUCGGAGACAUAAAAGAACUCAGAGUGGAGGGAAACUCUAUGAGUGUAAACAAUGUAGGAAAACAUUCAGUUUUUCCAGUAAACUUCAGACACAUGAAAGAACGCACAGUGGAGAGAAGCCCUAUGAAUGUAAACAGUGUAGGAAAACAUUCAGUCAAUCUGGUUCUCUUCGGAAACAUGAAAGAAUGCACAGUGGAGAGAAGCCCUAUGAGUGUAAACAGUGUAGGAAAACAUUCAGUCAAUCUGGUUCUCUUCGAAAACAUGAAAGAAUGCACAGUGGAGAGAAACCCUAUGCAUGUAAACACUGUAGGAAAACAUUCAGUCAAUCCAGUUAUCUUAAAACACAUGAAAGAACACACAGUGGAGAGAAGCCCUAUGAAUGUAAACAGUGUAGUAAAACAUUCAGUGAUAGCGGUACUCUUCGGAAACAUGAAAGAAUGCACAGUGGAGAGAAACCCUAUGAAUGUAAACAGUGUAGGAAAACAUUCAGUUGUUCCAGUCAUCUUCGGACACAUGAAAGAACUCACAGUGGAGAGAAACCUUAUGAAUGUAAACAGUGUAGGAAAACAUUCAGUCAGUCCAGUAAUCUUCAGACUCAUGAAAGAACGCACAGUGGAGAGAAGCCUUAUAAAUGUAAACUGUGUAGUAAAACAUUCAGUCAAUCCAGUCAUCUUCGGACACAUGAAAAAAUUCACAGUGGAGAGAAACCUUAUGAAUGUCAACAAUGUGGGAAAACAUUCAGUAAUAGCCGUGCUCUUUGGAUUCACGAAAGAAUGCACAGUGGAGAGAAGCCCUAUGAAUGUAGACAGUGUAGGAAAACAUUCAGUCAAUCUGGUAAUCUUCGGACACAUGAAAGAACUCACAGUGGAGAGAAACCCUAUGAAUGUAAACAGUGUGGGAAAACAUUCAGUUGUUCCAGUUCUCUUCGGACACAUGAAAGAACUCACAGUGGAGAGAAACCCUAUGAAUGUAAACAGUGUGGGAAAACAUUCAGUUGUUCCAGUUCUCUUCGGACACAUGAAAGAACUCACAGUGGAGAGAAACCCUAUGAAUGUAAACAGUGUGGGAAAACAUUCAGUUGUUCCAGUUCUCUUCGGAUACAUGAAAGAACGCACAGUGGAGAGAAGCCCUAUGAAUGUAAACAGUGUAGUAAAACAUUCAGUGAUGGCGGUACUCUUCGGAAACAUGAAAAAACGCACAGUGGAGAGAGGCCCUAUGAAUGUAAACAGUGUAGGAAAACAUUCAGUUGUUCCAGUAGUCUUCGGACACAUGAAAAAAUUCACAGUGGAGAAAAACCCUAUAAAUGUAAACAAUGUAUGAAAACAUUCAGACGGUCCAGUCAUCUUCUGAGACAUGAAAGAAUUCACAGUUAAGAGAACCUGCUUCAUCACCUGUGAUGCCCCUGCAUUUGGGGAGUUGGGGACUCAAACUGGGAUCCUUAUGCUGGUCCUGCGCUUUGCGCCACAUGCGCUUUAACCCGCUGUGCUACAGCCCGACUCCUAAGAUCAUAUUUUCUUAAUAAACCAGUGAACCCAAA